AUGACGAAAAUAACAGAUGCAGCAACGAGACAGGCAGUUCAAAGUGCCUAUGACGCCGUUAGAGCAACUGUUGUGAAAAGUCAAGAAAAAGAGUUACAACAGACCAAAACAGACCUAGUAAAUGCUUUCUUAAAAACGAAAAGUCAGGUAGGACAUUACGCUGCAGAUGGAACAUAUGUGCCAGCUGGUGGAACUUAUAUACCACCAAACCCUCCAAGAGAAGCACCUGCACCAGGACUACCUAGAACAUUUACAUCGUCACAUGGACACAGACACAGGCAUGCACAACAACCAGCACAACAACCACCUCCACAACCAGCACAACAACCAACACAACAACCAGCACAGCAACCAACAGUUCAAAACCCUGCACAACAACAACCACAAACAGAGCAAGGACAUAAAAGAAGUAGAGAACAAGGAAACCAAGAAUUCUUAAAAAUGCUUAAAGAAGAGUGUGGUUUCCCAGAUACUGUUGACUUUAGUGACAGAUAUAAAGAAGCUAUUAGAAAGUUCAAGGAUGGAAAUACUGACCCGAACCUAUUUAGCUUUAUGGCUCAGCACCAAAACGGAUAUAAUCUCAAACCUGGAAAAUACAAGCUCGCUAAGGGAUAUGAUUUAAUAGCAUAUCAUCCAAAUGACAUGGAUGAAUUUACUCCGAGAUAUUUGAUGUCAGAGCUAAAUGACAAUUCAACUUUCGUCAUGAAACGCGUAAAAAAUAGAGACGGAACGAAAGAACAAAAGCUUAUGAAUGCGGAUGACGUAGAUAGGGAAAUUGUUGAAAACGGUCUCGGAAUAUAUGAAAUGCCAGCAGAUGAGGUACAAGAAACUCCACAGGAAGAAGUUCAGAUACAACCAGACAUGGAAGAAAUAGUUCAGCAACAACAGCUAGAAGAGCCUGAAGGAAACGAACAAGUCCUUCCUUUGGAAACUAACUUCACAGAACUAGAUGAAGAUUUGGAACAGCCGAAAAAUCUUGACCCUCAACAAGAGUAUGCGGAGAAUAUGGAAUAUUUCCAAGAGUCUAAAAAAAAUUCGGCUGACAUAGUAGAAGAAUAUCGAAAAAU